AUGAAGUUCUUCACGGUCCUGCUGCUGGCCAGCCUAGCUUCCACCUCUCUUGCCGUCCUUGGUGAGCCAGAAGACGAAAUUCACUCAGAAACUCAGCCUGCAGAUGCCUCUGCCCAGGUCACUCCCAGCCACCCCAAGAAGGACCACGUUUCCAAUGAGGACCUCUCUAAGGAGGCUGUCAUCUCCAAAGAAGACCUGGUUUCCAAAGAGAAAGCUGUCAAAAGAGCAAAGAGUCAAAAGCCCAUACCCCAGGAGGACAAUUUCGAAAAUGUUCAGCUCCAAUUAGAAGAGACUGCAGAAGUGACUCCCAGGGCUGCAACCACCUCAGAGAGAAAACUCACCAAACUGGGCCAUAAAAUUGGGAAGAAUCUGGACAAAGCAACAAAAGGAAUCAUGAACUAUCUGAAAAACCUAAUCCCUAGCGCCAAUGAUGUCAUGAGACCCUAA